GGAGAUUUGACAGUUAGUGCUUUCCCUGGCCCUUGCAGGAGGGCUCUGGAUAUUCCUUCCACAUCCUUGACCAACUUCUCCCUGUGACCAUGUCUCAGCAGCCUCUGCACGUGAAGACCCCCAUUAGGGACAGCAUGGCCCUGUCCAAGGUGGCAGGCACCACCGUCUACCUCAAGAUGGACAACGCUCAGCCUUCAGGGUCAUUUAAGAUCCGGGGCAUCGGACACCUGUGCAAGACGUGGGCUGAGAGGGGCUGUGAGCAUUUCAUCUGCUCCUCAGCGGGCAAUGCCGGCAUGGCUGCAGCCUAUGCUGCCAGGAAGCUGGGCAUCCCUGCCACCAUCGUCGUGCCUAACACGACACCUCCUCUCACCAUCCAGAAGCUCAAGGCUGAGGGUGCCAUGGUCAAGGUCGUAGGUGAGACGCUGGACGAGGCAUUCAAACUGGCGAAAGAUCUUGCCAAGAACAACCCCGGCUGGAUCUACGUGUCUCCCUACGACGACCCCCUCAUCUGGGAAGGCCACACCACCCUCGUGAAGGAGCUGAAAGAGAACCUUCCAGGGAAGCCGGGGGCCAUCGCUCUGUCUGUAGGUGGUGGCGGCCUCCUGUGUGGUGUGGCGCAGGGCCUGGAGGAGGUGGGCUGGAAGGACGUGCCCAUCGUGGCAAUGGAGACACACGGGGCCCACAGUUUCAAUGCAGCCAUCAAAGCUGGCAAGCUAGUCACACUUCCCAAGAUUACCAGUGUGGCUAAAGCCCUCGGGGUAAACACUGUUGGGGCUCAGGCCCUGAAGCUGACCCAGGAACACCCCAUCUUCUCUGAAGUGAUCACAGACCAAGAAGCAGUUGGAGCUAUUGAGAAGUUUGUGGACGACGAGAAGAUCCUGGUGGAGCCGGCGUGUGGGGCGGCUCUGGCAGCUAUCUACAGUGGUGCAGUACAAAAGCUACAGGGCGAGGGGAAGCUCCCAGCCAAGUUGUCCAGCGUGGUGGUCAUCGUGUGUGGUGGCAGCAACAUCAGCUUGGCUCAGCUGCAAGGGCUUAAAGAGCAGCUGGGAAUGAAAACUAGCUGAGCCCACUCCCACCGCCCUCCUCCGGCACCCUGCCACGCACCCCCUUCUUGGGGCUGGAGUUUUAUCCAGUGCCUUAUUUUAUCAUCAUCAUCAUUAUUAUUAUUGUUAUUGCUGUUCUAUUGUUGUUGUUGGAGGGUACCUAUCUAUGGAGCUGGAAGAGGCAGACCUCUUUCUGGUUGGGGGGCCAGGGCUAGGGAGAGGGCCUCAGCCACUUGUGAACUCCUGGCUUUACAGGGGGAAAAGGGGAACCCUGACCCUGUUCUGAGACACCUACUUAGCCCCACUUUAAUCCACCCUUUCCAUCAGCCCCACAGAAACCUGGGAACCCCCAGGAAUUGAGAGCUGAGCCAGGUGGGAGGGAGUGGAGGAGAUGGGUCAUGGGACUUUCACUUGGUGCCCCCACCUCUGCCUCUGAUUAGAAGAGGGGCCAAAAGGUCAAAAGAGAAGGCUCAAGGCUGGACAGGGGAGCAAGGAGCAUCUAAGUUUCUUCUCCACAGCCCACCCUCCACCUUGGUUACCUUCUCCAGGGUUGGGAAGUCAAUACCAGCCCCUACUCAUUUUUCUAAUGUCCAAACCUUUUCAUUGAAAAAAAAAGAUCCAAUUAUACAUCUAUUUAUGAAAGGUGAUCUGGGUCUGUUAUUUCUUUAGUGUCUUUUCAUUUCUCUUUCUGCCAAAGAUCUUCAAUGGCCCCAGGAGGAAUGUUUUCCCAGUGGCAAAGGGAGGCUGGGGAAAGCACCCCUCGCUCUAGCUGCAUCUCAUGGAGUAGCCAUUCUAGGCUCAGGGAAACAUGGGAAAUAAAUAGGUUUUGCUGAAAUCCCUGACGCUGGAGAGAGCACUGGAGAGAAGAAAAUUCUGGAGUCAAAUCCUCCCCUCUUCCCCUCCCUAACAGGAACCACUACGGGCUGAGUCCCUACUUCCUGCAGGGAAGAGUGCUCGACAUCAGGGGCGCUGUGGUGCUAUGGAUGGGAAGUGCAGAGGUGCUGGAGGAUGCAACGUUUUAAAGCUAAGGAUUAUGGGAAACUCCCAGUGGAGGAUGCCAUUCAUUCAAAGUGCAAUAAAUAUGUUACUAACCACAGUGGAUAGAGGUUUGGCCUCACACACAGGGAAACCUGGAUUCAAAUCCUGACUCUGACACAGGCUGCCUGUAUGACCCUGCACUGAACCCUGGAAUUUCUCAGACAAUUCCCUAUAUCAAUAAAAGCCCCGGUCUAAUCCCUGUCCCCCUGCUCUGUGCAAAGCCUUGGAGAUGCAAAGAUAAAAAAACAAUAGUCCUGCCUUCGAGAUGACUUUUUAUUGCGGAUAUUAACCACACCCAUGCUUUACAGAGCACUUUCCUCAAAAUCAUCACAUGAGGCAAGGAAUGUCAAUAAAAAAAAAA